CGGCCGAGCGAUCCCCGGCACGCCGGCCCGGGCCGGCAGCAUGCCCCGUGGGUCGUCCUGGACGCAGGCGGAGGUCGACAGCCUGCUGUCGCUGGUGGGGGAUUCGGGGCAGGCCGCGCAGCUCAUGGGCUCCGCGACGCGACCCAACGAGGCGCUGUGGCGGGAGGUCUGCCAGGGGCUGGCGGCCGCCGGCUACGAGCGCACCGUGGCCCAGUGCCGCACCAAGUGGAAGGCGCUCAAGCAGGCUUUCCACUCGGAGCGGCAGAGGCGCCGCAGGGUAGAAGUGCUCCCGGCCCUGCUGCCGCGGCACUACCGAGCCAUGAAGAGCAUCUGGAAGGCGGCGGGGCAGCCUGAGUUUGGCGAACGGAGGAUAUCAGUCGUGAUGAGGCUGCCCUCCAGAAGGCGCAGGUCAGCCCGUGGCACACGCUCUCCAUCCUCACCAGAGCCUCCAUCCUCACCAGAGCCACCAGAGCAUGGCGCUGGCGGGGACACCCCCAGCGUGCUGCUGUCACCGAUGCUGCAGCAUGCCAAGAACGAGCCAGAGAGCCCUGGUGGGGAACACGUUGCUGGAGUGCCACCCACAGCCCCUGCCAUGCCACGUUUUCCUGGUGAGAUGUCCCUGGGGAUGGGAAGAGGAAACCAAGUGCUGCCACUGGCUGCUGCAGCCACGGGCUCCCACAGGACAGCAGCUACAAGUGAGCAGCCAGCAGCAGGCAAAGAUGCAUCAGACAUAAGCCUGCAUGAGUCUGAAGUGAGAGGCUCGCUCCAGAAUAUCCACCAAGUGCUGGUGGAGAUCCUGUACACAUCACAGCAGCAGCGGGGACUUCUGGAGAACCUCGUGCAGAUGGGCGACAGCAUGCACCAGCUCAUGCUCCCGCCACAGACCCAUCCUGGCCCCCUUGGCCACGUGCCCCUUUCUAAGGGUGGCUCUGGAGGGCCCUGCCACCCCGGUGCUCCUCACACUUCCCGGGAUCACAAAGAGAAGCCUUAGCUGUCCCCUGAUGCCAGGUGCAUCCCCCCUGAGUGCCACCAUCGCUGGCCCCAGGAGCAACAGCUUUGCUACAGAGCCAUGGCACAUAUCUUUAUAUCAGAGGUUCCAGAUAUUUUUUGUUUAUAUUAGAGAGACAUUUAAUAAAAUUAAAAAUAGCUUUUCUACCA